AUGAGCACCGACAAGGAGGAAGUGGCGCCAACGAGCGGCGGAUGCUGUUGCUCAAUGCCAUCACUGGAGAAAGCGAGGGGACUUUUCUCGUCGAUUUUCGCCUAUUUUCAUGGCCCAUCCGCGAAUAAUAGCAUUGGAGACAAAUCAAUAAACGGAAAAGCGGCACCAUUUCACACACCGCAAAUCGACCGAAAAGUCACCCAAAACGAGCCACAAGCACACCGUAGAAGCAGUAUGGAGACGAUCAAUGCACACUCGAGUGCCAAGAAUAAUGAGAGCCGCGGCGGUCAGAUCACUCACCCGAAUAUCGAGGCCUGGGAUCCGGAUGUGUACGAGAAAGAACUAUUGCGUCGAACGUGGAGCGACGAUUUCGAUUUCCUCUACGAACUUGGCGCCGCCAUCUAUUGCUACAUUUUCGAUCACAAUCCGAAUUGUAAACAACUUUUCCCGUUCAUUUCAACUUAUCAAGGUGAUGACUGGAAGCACAGCAAAGAGUUUCGCUCACAGGCGCUCAAAUUUGUCCAGACAUUGGCUCAAACGGUGAAAAACGUUUAUCACAUGGAUCGGGUCGAGGUCUUUUUGUAUGGAAUUGGGCAACGACAUUGCAAAUUCGCCGAACGUGGCUUCAAAGCCGAGUACUGGAAUAUUUUCCAGGAUGCAAUGGAGCACUCACUCGCUGAUCACAUGAAUGGCUUGAAAGAUUUGAAUGACGAUCAGAAAAAGGAUGCUGUUAGGGUAUGGCGAACAUUGGCCCUCUACGUAACAACCCACAUGAGCCACGGAUUCUUUGACGGAAUGAAAGGAGUCAACAAAUUUGCCGAACAA